UUUCUUUUUCACGUUAUUGUCAAUACUGGGUGUAAACUGUCAUUUAUUUCUAAAAAGUAGUUUGCUCCCUAUUUCCAUUCCAUGCGCUUUCACCGACACAGCCAACUUUCUCCCCUUUUUUUGCAAUCUUUUUUAUAUUCCCAAAAUUAUUUUCCAUUUUUAUAUAUUUAUAUUAUAAUUUUGCACACAAUAUGAGCGCGCCACUUCCUGUCUUGGAAAUACGAUUUCCGUCAUAUACAUCAGGGAACUCACCGCGGUGCGGGCCAAAGUCAACGCUGACUGGCUUGGUCUAUUUGAAACUGGCACAGACGCUCCAAGCAUCUUGUCUAUCGCUCAAUCUCGUCGGCAGCGAGCGAAUAUCGCUGGCACCAGAGUCAGCCAACACCACAGCCAACCACAUCUCGGCAACCGCAAUCGCCCACACUACUAAGCACCGGUCCGUCAAAAAGGUGUACUUUAACCAGACUGCUAUUCUAUGGGGAGAUGCCAAGCUGCGCGCGAGCAACGAGCUGACUGCUGGCGUGCACAUGUUCCACUUUUCGUGCGAGUUUCCGCGCAUCAAUUACCCGCAGAGCCAGACCACGCCGGAAUACACGAUCAAGUAUGUGCUGCAGGCCAAAUUGCUGAAUGCACGGCUGGCCUGUGACAGCACUAUAAUAACAGCUGCACAACCCAUCAUAUAUGUUCCCGAGACCAUCGCCCCGCGGACAGCGUCGCACAUUAACGGCAGUCGAGGUGAGAUAGCCGCGCCGUACACGUUUUGCGACAACGCGACGGAUAUUGAGGACGCACAGUGGGCAUUCCAUGUGUAUGCCAUGGGUCUGCAACAGGCAUUCCGACCUGGAGAAACCGUCGAUUUGCAACUUAGGCUGACCGGUCAAAGGACCUUGCGCAAGAUGCGGUUUGCAGUCAUCGAGCAGACAGACUGCUUCUAUCCACAGCUCCCUGACCCGCACGAAGAGCAGCUGGAUCUCGGACGCCGGCUGUGGUCCGCACAGCGGCAUCUCUGCGAGUCUAGCGAUUUGCAAUUUGAGCGCGACUCGUCAGUGCUAAUCCCUGACCUAUGCGCUGAUCAUAUGAAUGCUGCAAGGGCGCGCGGCGGGUCCACAUACUACGCACACUUGCACACAAGGCUGCCUCAGAGCCUCAUGGUCCUUCCCGAGACAGGGUACCUGCGCUUCACCUAUUUUGCAGAGAUAACCUUGUUUUCCAACUCGACAUGGGGCGGGCAUGUUCGCCGCGCAGUAAUGAGGGUGCCCAUUCCUGUGGCAACUCGCGUGCUGUCUGGAAGCGCAGUAAUGCCAAAGUCGGCUCGCAUAGCGCCCUCAGUGAUUGGCGCCGAGCCGUCGGCUUUGCUGCGAGAUAGCAGCUCCUUUGGGGACAUCAACGGGAGGGGUACGUCGUCCAGCUCUGCCCAAACUGUCGUCGACCAGAGCCCGUACUAUGGCACUUUGGAUGAAUCCAACGGUGAUCACGCACUGCGGCAUGGCCGGAGCAUUGUCGAUUUCGGGAUGCGCCUGCAGCAGCUCAUUCCGCGCCGCACACCGUCGUCUUUGUUGGGCCUUCACGGGGGAAAUGUCAACGGUCGUUCAAGCCGGCCGCCACAACGGUCCACGUCUUUUGGGCGCACGUUGAUGGAGCAGUCGGCAAUCAGCGUGGCGGACAUGCUCCCGGCGUUACCCGGCGUUGCUGGCACUUCCAUUCACGACCCACAAUCAUCAAGGUUUAACUCGCCGUUGGCCAGAUCAACAUCGCCCAGCAUCGCUGACGAGCCCAUAAACCCGGCGACACCAGCCACACACGCAGGCUCUUCGCGCGGGAAAAUCAGCUCGUCGCAGAACAUCGACUCAACAGCAAAGUUCAUAAAGGGCGUUACUGGCGGGUUCUCCACAACAUUUCUCAUCCGCCUGCGCGAGUUUUACCACGUUAAGGCCAACAGUCGCGCACUAGCUGACCUUAUCAAUGGAUAUCCAGCAGACCAACACAGCAUCAUUCCCAGCGCCAUCAUCCGCCCAAAUGCAACAGCCUCAGCCACAGCCAUACCCACGCCCAUAACCACUUUCGGCAGCAGCCAACAACGCUCAUCCCUGUCCUCCCGCCGUAACAGCCAUAUGUCUGCAAAAUCAGUAUCGGGCGUCAUGUUCACAAGCGAGUGCAUGCGUCCUCAGAUCGAGGUUAUCAUGAUAUCGUACCGCGACCCAGUUACCAGUCACGUGUCGACUUGGUCGGCGCUGGGCUCUGACGAGUCGCGCAGAAACUCGAGCACUCCCAGUGCGGCUUUCAAACCCGCGCAGUCAUCUGCACGGUAUUCCCGCAUGUCGGCAAUAUCGGCAAUGUCUAGCGAUACUGUGUGUGCGGCUGGAGGCCAAUUGUCUUUUACCAAAGAGCUGCCGUCGCAGCCAUUACUGCAAUCCAACUUGUCAUUGUCGAUGCUAACCUCUACUGUCGAGUCGCCACCAGCAGUACAUUGCCGUCAGUUUGGCUAACAGCUAAUAUCUAGCAGUUAGCAAAACUCCCUCCUUUUAUUCAAUAAAGUAUUGCCUUAUUUUUUAUUGAACUGUCGCCAACAGUGAUGUUACUGUCGAUCAAUGACACAGCUCUGACUCUAAACAUGCCGAAUGGUUCUGAACCAGUCUGAACGAGAAAGAUAAAAAAUAUUGUUUAACGCCAUCGCCAAUAACAGAAUCGGGAUAAUGGGGGGUUUUAUAAACAUUUUUGAGAAUAAAAAUAAUAAAACUGAAAAUAGGGAGGAAAAACAUUUUUAA